AUGUCCUCGUCCAAGAAGACCAAGGAGCUUCCGUCAUGCUUCACUGAUACCCACGGCGUAAUCACCUCUACCAUGAACGAUCUCCCAGGCUACAAGAUCAAACAAGUCCUGGGUACGAUCUACGGCAUCACGGUGCGCGCACGGAAUUGGAGCGCGGAUAUUGGCGGUGGCCUUCGCACGGCGGUCGGAGGAGAGAUUCGAAUAUUUACGAAUCUGAUGUACACUUCUCGCGAAGAAGCGAUGGAAAGACUGGUCGGGGAAUGUAUGAGUCGUGGAGGUAAUGCUAUUAUCGCGGUGAGAUUUGAUGUGGAUAAUUUUGGGUCUUGUUCGCAGAUCUGUGCGUAUGGAACUGCUUGUGUGGUGGAGAGGGUUGAAGAGAAGUAG